AUGGUGAAGAAGGGCAUUCAACGGCAUGAGGGCCCGCCGCCCUGUAGUCCCACCGAAGCCAGCGUGGCGCCGCCAUACUACAGCCCGGCGGAACACUCAGCGCUCACCGAACCACGGAGCGUCGAGUACGCCGAGCUGCGUAAUAGACCGCUUUCUGAGCGGUCGGCGGCCGACACCGAGGCGGCACACGAGCUCCUCUCUCUGGCACAUAGCCUGCCACCCCUUCCCCCUGCUGUCGUUACAGUCCUUCAUCCCCCUGAACCCUCUCCCCUUGUACCUCUCUACACCUACACCAUCCAACCCACCAAUAUCUACAUCCUCGCCGAUGAGACAACAGACCCAAUCUUCCACACCGUUCAAACUGUCACUCCAUUGCAACCAAUUGAGUACACCGUCGAGCCACAGGUCAACUACGUCGCCUACCAACAACUACCACCUCAAGAGUAUCAACCGCAGGCCGAUUAUGAGCAAACUGAUUAUAAACCAUCAGAGUAUCACGAACUGGAGACGCAGCCUGAAAAUGAACAAGUACAGGAUCCGGAUCUCGUUGUCGAUGAAUCUGAUCCGGAGAGUUUGUCGCCACCGAAAGAGAAGACGGGCAAGUAUGACUGCAACGAGUGUGGUAAACGAUAUGCGACUUCAUCCAAUCUUUCGCGUCACAAGCAAACGCACCGCAGCCUAGACUCACAGGCGGCGAAACGCUGCGGUGAAUGUGGAAAAGCGUAUGUGUCAAUGCCUGCUUUAGCGAUGCAUGUGCUCACUCAUCGGAUGGGCCAUGUGUGUGGUGUGUGCGGCAAGCAAUUUUCACGGCCAUGGUUGUUGCGCGGCCACCUGCGCUCUCAUACCGGUGAGAAGCCCUAUAACUGUGCUGCAUGCGGUAAGGCCUUUGCAGACCGGUCAAAUUUACGUGCACACUUGCAGACCCAUUCUUCAGACAAGAAAUACGAGUGCCUGCGGUGCCGCAAAACGUUCGCGCUCAAGAGCUACCUGAACAAGCAUCAAGAAUCGGCGUGCGUGCGCUCUGACGACGAGUAA